ACCAAAUUUGCUCUUCUGGGUUUUAUGAAAGUUUUGUUUUUUAUUACUCAGAUCUUAUCCCUUGUUCUGUUUUUUUUCUUUGUGUUUCGUUUCGAAUUGUUUUUUUUUUGGUUGAAGAUUAGGGUUUUGUAGAUCAAUUCGUCGUUGUUUUUCUUGGAUCUGAUUAUAGCAGUUGAGGUGUUAGCUAAUCGAAUUUUAGAGCCCAUUUUGUUAAUGGUAUGCUACUGAACUUGCUUCAUUUCAGAGUAGGUAAAGCAUUGUCCUGUUAUAGUGGUGAAGCUUGAAUCUUGAUAGUUUUCGACUUCCAUGCUAUUACCUGUGGGGAUAUAGAAACAAUCAUGGGCUUACUCUGCAGUAGAAGUCGACAUCAUACUGAAGAUACUGACGAGAAUACACAGGCUGCUGAAAUCGAAAGACGGAUAGAGCAAGAAGCAAAGGCCGAAAAGCAUAUUCGGAAGCUUCUAUUACUUGGUGCUGGAGAAUCUGGAAAAUCUACAAUUUUUAAGCAGAUAAAACUUCUCUUUCAAACGGGAUUUGAUGAAGGAGAACUAAAGAGCUAUGUUUCAGUCAUCCAUGCCAAUGUCUAUCACACUAUAAAAUUAUUGCAUGAUGGAACAAAGGAAUUUGCUCAAAAUGAAGCAGAUUCUGCAAAAUAUAUGUUAUCCUCUGAAAGUAUUGCAAUUGGUGAGAAACUAUCUGAGAUUGGUGGUAGGUUAGACUAUCCACGUCUUACCAAGGACCUCGCUGAGGGAAUCGAAACUCUAUGGAAGGAUCCUGCAAUUCAGGAAACAUGUGCUCGUGGUAAUGAGCUUCAGGUGCCUGAUUGUACAAAAUAUCUCAUGGAGAACUUGAAGAGACUAUCAGAUAUAAAUUAUAUUCCAACAAAGGAAGAUGUUCUCUAUGCAAGAGUUCGCACAACUGGUGUCGUGGAAAUACAGUUCAGCCCCGUGGGAGAGAAUAAGAAAAGUGGUGAAGUGUACCGAUUAUUUGACGUGGGUGGACAGAGAAAUGAGAGGAGGAAAUGGAUUCAUCUGUUUGAAGGUGUAACUGCUGUGAUAUUUUGUGCUGCCAUCAGCGAGUACGACCAAACGCUCUUUGAGGACGAGCAGAAAAACAGGAUGAUGGAGACCAAAGAAUUAUUCGAUUGGGUCCUGAAACAGCCCUGUUUUGAGAAAACAUCCUUCAUGCUGUUCUUGAACAAGUUCGACAUAUUCGAGAAGAAGGUUCUUGACGUUCCGUUGAACGUUUGCGAGUGGUUCAGAGAUUACCAACCAGUUUCAAGUGGGAAACAAGAGAUUGAGCAUGCAUACGAGUUUGUAAAGAAGAAAUUUGAGGAGUUAUAUUACCAAAACACGGCUCCGGAUAGAGUGGACAGGGUAUUCAAAAUCUACAGGACGACGGCUUUGGACCAGAAGCUUGUAAAGAAAACAUUCAAGCUCGUAGAUGAGACACUAAGAAGGAGAAAUCUAUUGGAGGCUGGCCUUUUAUGACCUUAUUAUUACAUAUCUCAAGUAAAUUACCUCUCAUUAUAAGAAAAAUUCGAAAACUGAAUGACCGUGUAAUUGAUCUGUCGGGACAAAGACUUGGCGAUUCAAAAUCUAAUGCGUCUCGAAUGGGCUCCGACUAGUUUCUAUUUUCUCAUUGUUUUGUUUAACAUUCCUCUGUCUUUGGCUUCAUAUUGUUUUUCAUCAAAAGCAUCUCAUUUCUUGUUA